AUGCAUACAAGGAAGGUAGCCUUCAACAUAGGCACGGCACGGUUCGUCCCGAUCGGAUUCCAUCCUCAACUGGAUAAGAACGGGACCGUCCUCAGGAAGACUUACAACUUGGGUCCUGGCAUGUACGAACCUCAAGAGAUGCCGUGCACCUUUAAAUCCAAACGUACCGUUUCCAUGUGGAAGAGACAAACCGACUGCGAGGAAUUCUCCAAACAAUUGGGAUUCAGAAAUGCUUCGAUCCUGGAGACGAGGGAAUUCAUGGCCAAACACCUGGGACCCGGAUCUCACGAGAUCUGCGAGCUUCCCCGAUACGAAUCUCCCUGUUUGAAUCAGAGCUUUGGAAAGCAGAAGAAGUUCAAGAUAUUUGAAGACCUGAAUCCUCCUCCAGGCAGUUACAACUACGAACCGGCGAAGCAUUUCUUCAAUGAAUCGCCGACGAUCUUGAACAGGCAAACACGUUUCAGAGAUACGACGAAACCUUGGAAUCUGGCCUCGAAUCGAUACAAGGUGAAGGAGCUCCACAUCAGCGACAAGGUCGUCUCGAAACGCGGGCCGUACGACCUCUUCACUGGACCCAGAGAUCCGGCCAACAUCUUCAAUAAAUUCUCUCCGCCGAAGAGGUGUACACCAGACAAAUUCUACAACUGGCCCACGGAUUUGGAGUAUGUGUUGCAUCACGAGCACAAAAGCCGUUACGGAUGCUUCCUGAAAGCCCCGAAAUUUCCGCCGAAACCCACCGUUCGGAUGAUGCUCGCCGAUCUGAGCACCUGCUACAAGGAUCCGGAUGCACCGGGUCCAGCUUCAUAUUACAUCAAAGGAAAAGGUAUUAUCUCGAAACCGCCAUCAAAAUACCCGUUUGAUUCAGGAACGCGCGGUAAAAGCGGUUUGGAUUGGCGGAUACAGCCGGGACCGGGAAGGUACACACCGAAAACGCAUCGCAAAUGCGGCGCGACGAAGUGCGGCACCAGCGUUUUCAAAUCGAGAACGCAGCGUUCCGAGUACAAGGCCACCGUGUACAAUAGCUUCUGA